AUGAUCCGCGACUUUGUGCAAUGGACGGCCGCCUUCAGCGAGACGGGCGAGCUCGAGCAGCUGCGCGGCUGUCGCGUAGGCAUUGAAGCCGCCGAGUAUCUCAACCAGCGUAUUCUCAACCACCCCCGCGCAAAGGAGCCCCUCGUCCCCGCACUUGGAGGUCUCCCACUGGCAUUGGCGCAACACAUUGAGGAAGAUCUAGCCGCUUUCCGCAGUUUCGAGAUUGAACCGUACUUUGUAUUUAGUGGGUUGGACAUUACAAAGCAAGGAAACCCAUUCGGGCACAAGACCGCCGAGGCGACGGUGAAUGCAGAUGCAUGGAAUUUGUACGACAGUCAUCAGGCUGAGGCUUCAGUCGCUCGGUUUGGAGAGUCAAGUAUGAUAUUCGGAGAAGACCUAGUUGGCAUACGGUACUGA